AUGGCCGAAGAGAAGUGCCCCUUCAUCCGGACCAUGAACACCGGCGGUGGCGGCACCAAGAAUCGCGACUGGUGGCCCAACUCGCUCAGGCUCAACAUCCUCCGCCAGCACACUCCCGUCACCAACCCGCUGGGCGGGGACUUCGACUAUGUCUCCGCUUUCAAGGGUCUUGACUACGACGCCAUCAAGAAGGACCUCACAGCCUUGAUGACUGACUCCCAGGAAUGGUGGCCCGCUGACUUUGGCCACUACGGUGGUUUCUUCAUCCGCAUGGCGUGGCACAGCGCUGGCACUUACCGUGUCCACGACGGACGCGGCGGUGGUGGCGAGGGCCAGCAACGAUUUGCUCCUCUUAACAGCUGGCCGGACAAUGUCAGUCUCGAUAAGGCCCGCCGCCUUCUGUGGCCCAUUAAGCAAAAGUACGGCAACAAGAUCUCUUGGGCCGAUCUCAUGAUUCUGACUGGCAAUGUCGCGCUCGAGUCCAUGGGCUUUAAGACCGCCGGUUUCUCUGGUGGUCGCCCAGACACUUGGGAGGCCGACGAGUCUGUCUACUGGGGUGGCGAGACCACUUGGCUGGGCAACGAUGUUCGCUACUCCCAUGGACACCGCGGUAAAGCCGAUUCGGGCGUCGUGGAUGGCUCUCAGUCCACAAAGUCUGACAUCCACUCUCGCGAUCUUGAGUCACCCCUCGGUGCUGCUCACAUGGGUCUCAUCUACGUGAACCCCGAAGGCCCUGACGGCAAUCCUGAUCCGGUUGCUGCCGCCAGAGACAUCCGUAUCACUUUUGGUCGUAUGGCUAUGAACGACGAAGAGACUGUCGCUCUCAUUGCUGGUGGUCACUCCUUCGGCAAGACCCACGGCGCUGCUCCCGAUAGCAAUGUCGGCCCUGAGCCCGAGGCUGCUGGUCUCGAGGCACAGGGUCUUGGCUGGCACAACAAGCACGGCUCCGGAAAGGGCCCCGAUACCAUCACCAGCGGCCUCGAGGUGACCUGGACCGCCACGCCCACCAAGUGGAGCAACAAGUACUUCGAGUAUCUCUUCAAGUUUGACUGGGAGCUUACUAAGAGCCCUGCUGGCGCAAACCAGUGGGUGGCGAAGAAUGCCGAGCCCAUCAUCCCCGAUGCCUACGACCCCAACAAGAAGCAUUUGCCUACAAUGCUGACAACUGACUUGUCGCUGCGCUUCGACCCCGAGUAUGAGAAGAUUUCGAGACGCUUCCUCGAGAACCCGGAUCAGUUUGCCGACGCCUUUGCCAAGGCUUGGUUCAAGCUGACACACCGUGACAUGGGCCCGCGCUCCCGCUACGUCGGGCCUGAGGUUCCUUCCGAAGAAUUCAUCUGGCAGGACCCCAUUCCCACCCCCAACCAUCCUCUCGUCAAUGAACAGGAUGCUGCGUCUCUGAAGAAGGAGAUCCUUGGCACCGGCAUCGACCCCUCUAAGCUCAUCUCAACUGCUUGGGCUUCUGCAUCUACCUUCCGCGGCAGCGACAAGCGUGGUGGUGCCAACGGCGCCCGCAUCCGCCUGGCACCCCAGAAGGAUUGGGAGGUGAACAAUCCCAGGCAGCUUGCUGAGGUUCUCAAGGCUCUCGAGAGCGUUCAACAGAAAUUCAACAGCUCUGCGAGUGGUGGCAAGAAGAUCUCGCUGGCUGACCUCAUUGUCUUGGCCGGUGCUGCUGGUGUGGAGCAGGCCGCAAGGAACGCUGGCUACGAUAUCACCGUUCCCUUCACUCCCGGCCGUGGUGAUGCUUCCCAGGAGCAGACUGAUAUCGAGUCUGUCGACCACCUUCAGCCCUUCGCCGACGGCUUCCGUAACUACGGCAAGUCGACUGACCGUGCGAAGACGGAGCACUACCUUGUUGACCGCGCCCACCUGCUCACUCUCACCGCCCCUGAGCUCACCGUUCUGCUCGGCGGUCUGCGCGUGCUGAACACCAACUUCGACGGGUCGUCAACUGGUGUUUUUACUAGCCGCCCUGGGGCCCUGACCACCGACUUCUUCGUCAACCUGCUUGACAUGGGUAACGAGUGGAAGGCUACCAGCAACGAGGAUGUGUACGAGGGCUACGACCGCAAGUCAGGCAGUAAGAAGUUUACCGCUAGCCGUGUCGAUCUCAUCUUCGGUUCUCACGCCGAGCUCCGCGCCGUGGCUGAGAUCUACGCCCAGGCCGACGCUGGACAAAAGUUUGUCAACGACUUUGUCACUACCUGGAACAAGGUCAUGAACUUGGAUCGUUUCGACCUCAAGAACAACAGUGGCAGCGUAGCCAGCCGUCUUUAA